AUGAUCACUGCAAAAGCUUCCCAGCUCGCCAAAGAUCUGGAGACUGCUCGAUGCAAAGGCAAUUGGGAAGCCAUUCCUGUACUUGCUAGAAGAUAUAAAAAGUACAACAGUACCGGCGCAGUUUUGGAGCAAACUGCUCUCGUGGAAGCAACGCUUUCUCAACUGUCUAACGUAUCAGAAGGAGGAGGCAAACCAAACGGCAUUGUUCAUCAGCAUGACAAUCCAGACACCAUCACUUGGAAGUGUCGGUUGGAAAGCGAACAGGUCCGCCCGUUACUACUACAGCUAGAGUCGGCUCUUCAAACUCAAGAUGAUGGCGUUCCCGAACGCGAAAAGGAGUUCACUAAAGUGGUAUUGGCACGAUGUUAUUUUGAAACCGGUGAAUUCAAAAAGACAUUGGAAAUAGUGGAGGAAUUGGCCUUCAACCCGGGGGACGUUGCAGCUGGAUACGGCCUGACUUUGUUCCUUCAGGCACGCGCUAUGAAAGGCAAGUGA